CAACAUAAUAUGAAAAGUGUACAAAAGCCCACUCAAGUCUCCUUAGUUAAUAGAUAGUCCUCUCUUCAAAAGGAUGUAGCAAACUUUUCAAUGCAAUCUCCAGAUAAACAAAUCUAUUGUCCUAAAACAUCAUCACAAGCUAAAAUAUUAACAUAUGGUCCUUCCCCAUAUAUGUAAUCUCCCCUCUUUGAUGGUAAAUAUGUAAACUAAAAUAAUGCUGCAAUUUAACGGUCUCCUCCAUAAAAAUUAGAGAAUUCUUAUUAAUAUAAAUUAAAUACUACGACCUUAAACUAAAAUUGCGAUGUUCUAAAGCCAUACAGCCCCCAAGAAUUAGUGAAAUCAUAAAAUGAACUGAAACCUCACUAUGAAACAUACAAGUAUGAAUACUAGAAAACUUAUGCUGGAAACUUUUAAAGUGAUAGCAAUAAACAUGGCACAUCGGAUAGAAGAAGCAACACUCUAAGAAAGGAUGGAACUAUUUAGGAAGGCAAAGAAAAUUAGGGGUUUUCAACCAAAAUUUCAAUUACAGAUUAUCACAUUACCGUAGGAAAUAGUAAGCUAUAAUCCCAAAACAAUGGAUUCUUAUAAUAGAAACCAAAAAUAUCAUCAGAAAUAUCUAAAAUUUCUGGAUAAUUGCGAGAUUUGAUGUCAUGUUGUUAAAGAAUUGCCACUGAUGGAAGACUACCUGAUAAUAUCAAUGAUAAAAUGAUUGAAAUAUUAGCUAAUUUUAGAAAAGUUGAAGAACUAUCCAAUGAUGAACCUAAUGAGAAUGAUACAAAAACAUUAAAUAUGGCUGAAGAUUAUAAUAAAUUAAAAGCAAUUCUAGAAUAGUUAUAAUCUAAAAUGACCGCUUUAGUCUAAGAAAACCAGAAAGUAAUUAAAUAUUGUGAUUUUUAUAGCUAAACAAAAAUUUAAUAGAGCAAGAACAAAAGGUUAUUGAAGAAUAAAGGAAGAGAGAAUAAGCCGAAGACAAGGCAAAUUAAACAAACAAGGAAUUCAAUAGAGUUUUCGAAUGUUUAUAAAUAAAUUAAAAAGAAAAUGAAGAACUAAAGAUGAAACUACUAUAGGCAGAUGUAUAAACUCAUCAAAAUAAAAUAAAUAAUAAUGAAAUUUAAGAUUAUAAAUAACAGAAUAUUUAAUUAUAAAAGGAACUUGAUGUUUUAGAGAGUAAGUAUAAGUAGUUGUUAUCUGAAAAAGUAAAUUAAAAAGAUAUACCAAAAUCUCCCUUUAUGUUGAAAUCAAUUCAUUCAAGUACUUCCAAAUAAUCAGAAUAGUUUGAACUCAAAGUAUUAUAGUUGCAAAUAGAAAAUGAUAAUCUAAAAGCCGAAAUGGCUCAUAAUUAAGUUGAUUCUAAGGUAAUUGACAAUAAAAAUGAAAUGAUUUAAAGACUAGAUGAAAAAAUUAAGUAAAUUUUGAAGGAAAAAGCAAUUUCAGAGGAUUAAUCUGUUUAAAUUUGCAAUAACCUGGAAAUCCUAAAUGAAUAGCUAAAGAAUGCUUUGAGUAUUAAAGAAAAAGAAGUGGUCAAUCUAUAAAAAUCAAGAAAUGAGAUUGAAAGAGAAUCGAAAGGAUAGAUAAAUAUUUAUAUACAACAAUUAAAAGGGUUAGAGGAUAAAUUGCAAGCAUCAAAAUAAGAUUAUCAAAAGCUGCUUGAUGAAUUUAAAUCAAUGGAUAUAAGAAAGAAUAAAGUAUAGGAGGAGUUGAAAAUGAAUGAAAAGAAACUUGAGUCAUAAAACUAAGAGAUAUAAUUUUAGAAAUAAGAAUUCAAAAAAGCUAUAGAUAAACAUUAAAUCUUAUAAUAAAAACACGAUUAAAUGAACUAAUAAUUAUUAUAGUAGAACUCAGUAUAGUAAUAAUUACUUCAAUAAAUAGAAGGUUUGAAAUAAACUGAAAAUGCUUUAAGGGUAGAAUGUGGUAGGUUGAAUAAAAUUUAUUAAUCAACUCAAUAGGAGAUGAAGUAUCAAGUUACAGAAUUGAAUGAAAUGAUUUAAUUACAAGGGAGAAGAACUCAAGAGAAAGAGAGAUAGUUAAAUGAAUUAAUUGAAGAAAUGGGUGACAUGAAAGAUUAAUAUGAAGUACAAAAGAAAGUUUGUUAAGAAAGCAUUAAAGAUUUAGAGAGAAGGUUAAAGAAUUCAAAACUUUAAAACGAUGAAUUGUUGUAAAUAAAGGAGUAAGAAGUUAUUGAUUUUAAAUUAACAAUGGAAUAAUAAUUAAAAAUGCUAGAUAAAAGAAAUGCUUUAUCAUCUUAAGACUUUGAUUAAAGAGAGUAAUAACUUUAAAUUGAUAUUCAAAGUAAAAAUGAAUAAAUAGAUGCUCUGAAGUUAGAAAUAGAAAAAAUCAGAAGUCAAAAUUUCAAUACUUAAGAAGAACUAUUAAGAAAUGGAAUUUUAUAAAAUCAAAAUCAAGCUAUUAUAACUAAUUUGAGGAAUGAAUUAAAUUAAUCAAAAUAAGAGUAAUAGCAAUUAAAUGAAAUGUUAAAGAAAAGAAAAGAAGAAGCAGAAUAACUACAUUUGAGUUUAGAAGAAAUGAGAAAAGAUUAAUAAAACAAAAAGUAACAAUAAGAGGACAGUAGAAGUAAUAAGUUAAUUAUAUUUAGAAUCUGUAUUGAGAUAACAAGACUUAUAAAUUUCACUUGAAAAUCUUUAAAGAGACAAUCUGAAUCUUUAGUAGAAAGUCAAUGCAUUGUAAAAUGAAAAUACUCGAAAACAAAGAGAACUGAAUGACAAAAAUAAUGAAUACUUAAACAUUAAAAGAAAAUAUGACGAAACUGUUUAGAAUUUAGAUAAAUUAGAAAAGAGAUGGGGUGAAAAGAUUGAUCAACAUAGAAGACCUUGA